GCCCUCUGAUUGGUCGAAUCCGCUGGCAUGACAGCCCCGCCUCCAGACAGAGGACAGUGAAACAUGGCGUCUCUGAGGUGUUUCCUGCGCUCGGGGAAGAAUGCCGUUGCAGCGGUUCUGCGGCGGGAGUUUCACGGGACGCCGCCGGCUGCGGUGCAGAUAACAGUGCGAGAUGCCCUCAACCAGGCCAUGGAUGAAGAGCUGGAGAGGGAUGAACGGGUUUUCCUCCUCGGAGAAGAAGUCGCACAGUAUGAUGGUGCAUAUAAGAUUAGCAGAGGCCUUUGGAAGAAGUACGGCGACAAACGCAUCAUUGACACACCAAUUACAGAGAUGGGCUUUGCUGGCAUUGCUGUUGGUGCUGCCAUGGCUGGUUUGAGGCCAAUUUGUGAGUUCAUGACCUUCAACUUCUCCAUGCAAGCCAUCGAUCAGGUCAUCAACUCAGCCGCCAAGACCUACUACAUGUCCGCCGGCCUGCAGUCCGUCCCGAUUGUGUUCCGCGGGCCCAACGGCGCUUCGGCCGGUGUGGCGGCUCAGCACUCCCAGUGCUUCGCUGCCUGGUAUGGACACUGUCCCGGUCUGAAGGUGGUCAGUCCCUGGAGUGCAGAGGAUGCUAGGGGCCUUCUAAAAGCAGCCAUCCGUGACGACAACCCUGUGGUGUUCUUGGAGAACGAGCUGAUGUAUGGUGUGCCAUUUGAGAUGUCUGAAGAGGUUCAGUCAAAAGACUUCCUCAUCCCAAUCGGAAAAGCUAAGAUUGAAAGACAGGGAAAUCACAUCACGCUGGUGUCUCAUUCCCGAAUGGUCGGUCUGUGUCUCGAUGCUGCUGCUGUCUUGGCCAAGGAAGGGAUUGAAUGCGAGGUGAUCAACAUGCGCUCAAUCCGGCCUCUGGAUGCGGAAGCCAUUGAAACAAGCAUAAUGAAAACGAAUCAUCUCGUCACUGUGGAGGGCGGCUGGCCUCAGUUUGGCAUCGGGGCAGAGAUUCUUGCCCGGAUUAUGGAGGGUCCUGCUUUCAAUUACCUCGACGCCCCUGCGGUCCGAGUCACUGGUGUAGAUAUUCCAAUGCCAUACGCCAAGAUUUUGGAGGACAACAGCAUACCGCAAAUCAAGGACAUCAUCUUCUCCAUCAAAAAGACUUUGAAUGUUUAACAUAACAGAAAUAAUAGAUUUCCCUACCAGGACACAUUAAAUAUGAAAUACUACAUGUUCUCUCCAGUUUCUCCAUCAAUGUUUUGGGAAAUAGGACGUACUCUUUCAUCUUGUACAGGUCUUUCUGUUACAUGGCUCUUCCUUCAUUGGCACUAUAUUAAAAUGAUUUUCUCAUUUUGACUCAAAAAUGAGGUUUUGUCAUGAUGGUAACAUUUAUUAUGGCUAUAAAACAACCAACCAUGUGUAUUAUGCUGUAAAUUCCUACUGUAAGCUAAAGUAAUAAACUUUUAUCACAAAGGGU